AUGGGUUCUGGUGUAUCAAAGAAUUCAAGAAAUCCUAAUGUAGUACCUUGGCAACCUCAAAUGGACACGGCUGUGGACAGACCGCCGACAUCUGAUUUGAAGCCCGAAGUUGUUCAACACCGGUCCGUACAGGAUCACGGCCAUACGUCAAGUGUAAACAAGGAGCACAAGAACGAAGAACGAAGUGAGAUGAUUUCACUGGAUGAGUGGGAAGUCUUACUUAAAUACACGCACAGCUUCCCAGAGCUACAAGAUGACCUUCUAACGAUGUUAACCCCUCUACAAGAUUUGAGAAAAGUCGUAGACGACAAAUCCAAGGGAAAUAUAAUUCAAUAUUCCAAGCUCGUUGAAUUGCAAAACAAAAGCUACACCAUAACUAUGUCAGCAGGGACGAACGACUCAGAAAAAUACAACACACUUAUGGAGUUUAUAAUUGAAGUCGAAGGAGCAACAGUGCUGCAUAGCUUCGUGAAAAACUGUUUCAAAGAUUACUAUACUGAUGGAACAGACGACGAGUUGGAAACAAGUGACCAAGAGGACACUUUCACUUGCUUUUACAGCCUUUCACUCGCACUGUCAACAAUACUAAACUUUGCUGAUUUCCACGAUGGGUUUUGCUUGGCGAGCGCUCAAGAUGGAGUUGUACUAACUUGCAUGGAGAAUAUCAAGAGGAUCGAUCAAGAAAAUGAUGACUGGCAAAGCGAAGAUGAAGAAUCUGAAACAUUUCAAAUACUAGACGCGUGCAUCGGCAUUUUGCACAACAUUUCUCGCCGACUGAGAGAUCGCCAAUGGUUUGCUAACAGUGACGAGACUUUACUUUAUUUUGCAAAGGUUAAAGUGGCAAGUAUUGCUGCCUCGGCCUUGUUGUGCCUGGCGUACCUUGUUAAUGAAGAAACUAAUCAUCUAAUCUCCGCCGAAAAAGACUUGCUUCGCUUCAUUAUAACAAUGUUAGACGAAGCUUGGAAGGCAGAAGACCGCCGAAGCAACGGAUUCUCCGCUAAGGAACUUGCAGAAGGACUCAGUCAUUUGGCUGUUAACGACAACAAUAAGCAAAUUCUUGGAUGCGAAGGGGCAAUAAGAGUCUUAACGUCAACACUAAAGACCUCAAGCGACGACGAGGAACGAGCGAGUGCCGCCAAGGCAUUGUGGAUGCUGGCUUUCGACGACUCUAACAAGGAUAUCAUUCGAGAGGGAAACGGAACCGUGGACAUCUUACGCACAUUACACCACAGUCAAAACGCUGAAGUGCAAAAGGUAGCCGCUGGAGCAUUGUGGGAGAUUGAAGGAAAGACAGCAAGAGACAAAGCCGACAAGACAAAAGAGGGGUCUGGAAACCACGUGAUGAUUAGCUACCAAUGGGAUGCUCAGGAUGUCUUGGUCCAAGUCAAAAAUCAACUUCAGGCUAAUGGAUACAGAGUAUGGAUGGAUCUGGAGCAAAUGGGUGGGUCCACACUGGAAACAAUGGCCAAAGCUGUCGAGAACGCCGCUGUUGUUCUGAUCUGCGUGUCACAAAGGUACAAAGAGAGUCCCAACUGUCGUUCAGAGGCCGAGUACGCCUACCAGUUAAGAAAAGACAUCAUUCCUUUGAUGAUGCAGAAAAAUUACAAAGCGGAUGGCUGGCUAGGAAUGCUGUUGGGAACGAAAAUGUGGAUUGACUUUCAGAGUAAGCAUACUAUUGAUUCUGGGGUGACAAAACUGGUCAAAGAAUUAGCAGGAAGAGGAAAAGAUGUGGAUCACACAGACGGUCCCCUAGAGGCGGUGAUUCGAACAACUGAGGCUACGACUCUAACAAAACAGCCCUCUGGUCCAGAUGUAGCCGGAUGGACAAAUGAGGACGUGAAAAAAUGGCUGAAGAAAAUUGGAUUGGCACAGGUGUGUGACAGAGACAUGGUUGAAUUCACAGGACAAACAUUGAUUGAACUUCAAGACCUCCGAGGAGAAUGCCCAGAUUAUUUUUACAAGUGUCUUGAGCACACACUCCAGCUUAAAAACAUGUUUCAUGUACUCAAGUUCAGAAAGGAGUUAGACAAACUGCUAGGAAAUUAAUUACGAUUAGCGAAAUAUGCAAUUCUUCUCGUUCGCCUAGUUAAGGAUCAGUUGCGUGAUGUGUGUCACACAAUUCUGUAAAUUGAAGAGCGGAGCUCGUGUGUGACCAUGUAGUUUUGGACUGUAAAGAAGACUCGUUCCCCAAACGGUCACGUUUUCACAUGAGACAAAACUGAGACAACCUGACACAAUGUGCCCAAGAAUAGAUUCUUGGGAUACUGAUAUUGAUCCUUCUUGGGAUCAAUAUCAGUAUCUGGGCAACUGCCCACCUACCCCUCCCCUAACCCAACAUUAACCCUAACUUGUUAUCAAUUGACUGUUGUUGAGUUAGGGGAGGGGUAGGUAGGCAGUUGCCCAGAUACUAAUAUUGAUCCGAUUCUUGUUUAUAUUUUACAAUUCGCUGUCAGUCAGUUCGUCAAGGACGUAAAUCCAAAUGGAAUAAGCUCAUUGACGCUAUAGCAGCAGCAUUCGAGUAAGAGCUUAAAUAUGAACUAAAUACUAGAGAUAAAUGCGUCAUACUUACAUUUCUAAUUGAACAAUUUGCUAGUUUCUGUACAGCCAUGUAUAGAUUUACCAGCCAUGUAUUUUUUUUAAAAUCAAGUUGGUUAUAAAUCAUACAGUUCCAGUUCUUAUCAUAUCAUUGUUGAGCUCAUUUGUUGACUGCCAUUAGCACUGAAGGGUUUUCUGAGGUUUAAAAAAAUACCUCCGAGGUUUAAAAAGCCUACGAAGGUUCUAAGUCACAAUAAAUUAUCGAGCAAUCGAGAUGGCAUUGAACAUACUCCAAGGUUUUGUUUAAGAUCUAGUGUAAAGAUGAAUAUUGGUAGGCUGAAUGCAAUUCCAUAUUGAAAAAAGGGAAGGUAGAGAGGGUUAAGUAGAAAAACAGCCAGGUGCUUAAAUGAAAUUGGUUGUUUUAAAGAGUUUAGUAUAAAGUUUUAACCUUUUAGGCCCUCCAUUAAUAUGGAAAUUCUCCAAACUAUUUUUUAUAUAUUUUCUAAGGUACUGACAAGGAGACACGAACUCUUUAGGUAAAGAUAUUAGCAGUCGUAGUUGUAGGCUCCUUGGAAGUGUACUUUUUACUGAUGAUAAGU